AUGGUAAAAUCUCACGAUUUGCACUGUGAAGUUCAACUGCUAGAUGAUGAAAGUACCACUGUGGACCUAGACGUAAGAUUUUUACGUUUUCUUAGGGGGCCUUUCGUGUUUUAAAAUGGCGCUCGAGUCGAGCAAGUCCUGUAACUUCUGUUUAUUUAAGGUUUUAAUUUGUAGUUUAUUGUCUGUCGGAUCAAACGGUCUUAAUGAGCCAAAGGUUUUAAUUUCUAAACUUCCCUGUUUAUGAGAAGAUUAGUAGAAGGUCUAUAAUCGAUAAUACUCGGUCAAUUAAUUUUUGGUUUCUCUCGUGAUCAGUCAAUGACAUCAACGUGUUUGUUCGGUCCCUUCCAAAGGGAAAUUCAUUAUUUCAAAAUUUGAUUCUGCAAGCUCAGGAAACCCGCGCAUUGUUAAUAACUUACAUACUUCCUUUCUUUUCUUGUUGAUGUUUUAUAAUUUUGAAGAUGUCUUUACGUCCUUCCAGGUUGUUAUAGGUUUUCUCUAGUCCUCGCUAAGCGAGAAGUUCUCAGACGAAAUGAAUCAGGUUAACGAAUUAAAAAAAGAAAAACAAUUACAUUUUAAGACACUUGAAGAAGCCAUUGUGGCAAUGAUUUAUAAUUUUCUGUGUAUUUGAAACUUUCAUUGCUUCUUAAUACGGAACUUUUACAGUAGAUUUGCAUUAUUUUCCGUCAUUAUAUUGCUGAGGUCUUUACAACUGUUUCACGAAGCUUAUGUUUUUAAACCGUAUUUAUAAAUAUUUUGGUUACCUACAGUGUAUGUAUUGUAUUUUACAAAAUAGCCGCUUGGUAAUCUUUCUUUUUCCGAAGCAGUCGUUUGGAAAUUUAUCUUUUUCGUUCUGAUUGUGAUGAAAGCUGUUGUUUAAUCCUUGACAGGACAAUUACAAGCAUUGUUAACAGAGACGAUCAAUUAAAUAUUUUGGAAACAUUUUCGUACAGCCCUUUUUGUUUGUUAUGUAUGCAGCAAUUAUUUCAUGGUCCUACAGUGAAUAUGAAUUCAUGGAGUGGAAAAAUGUUUACAUAGCAAAUGUAUAUAUGGGGCUGCGCGGAAAUCUUAUCAGUAUACAUGUAUAAAUUUGUGGUUGGAUAGGAGGAAUAUUCAAUGAGUUUAUAAAUAUUGUGCUUUUUUAGAGGAGGAAGUGUAUUGUGAAUUUUGUGUAAUUGUACUUAUAAUCUACUAGGUUGAGAAAAAACAUGUUUGUCCUUAUUUCACCUUAACCUUUUUCUUUGAAUUGUCAAAGUGGGUAGUGAUUAUCUGCAGUUAACUCUAUGACAGUCAUAUGCAAUAGGCAUCUUUCACUAAAAUGGAUACCUAGGGUUGGUCCCUGCCUUUUUGUGAGCCAUAUUCUUUGAUGCUAUGUACAGUAGGGUGGGCACCUCUCUGAUAGGUAGCCUGCGAAAACAGCCGUCUCUCCUUGCUGCCCACCACUAGGGAUGUUACUCUAGGAGGGACGUCUGCACCUCAGCGACAGCAAUUCGUUACUGAUGAUGUAAAAAUCUGUCCAGAAUCUGGUCAGGAGCACUGUUUGGUUGAUCUAGUAGAAAUGUUGUGUGAGCUUCUUGUUUAUGAAUGAGAUACAAAAGACAAAAGGCCACAAAGGUCAAAUGUAACUGUGAUUACAAAACUGUCAGUAUUUGUGGAAUAUAUUCUUCUGAAGAUUAAGGUUGUGAGUUUUACUGCUGGAGCUCGUUCACAGAAGAACACAAAACCUUACCAAAAUUUAUUGAACCCUAUGACUACUGGAUUAGUUAUAAAGUAAAUAAACAUUGGUUUACCUCAUCAGUAUGGAACUUCUGUUGCUGAGGUGCUGUCUCUCCUGACAAAACGUCCCUAACAGCAAGGAGAAAGGAGAGACAGCUGUUUUCUCAAGCUAUCUGAGAGGCCACUCAGGCUGGAAAGAAAGUCAGUUUUACAGCCUGCCAUGCGGGCAAGCUGUAGCUAGCAUGUACUAGCCCGCAAGUCAUUUCAACUAGCCCCAAAACCCUUUUUGAUUGGUAGGAUUGAUUACAAUCCUUUUGUAAUUUGAAUUCCCUCAAGAAACAGUACUUGCCUGUCGGGCAAGUUAAGAACAAAAAUCAUUCGCCUGAUAGCAAAGUCCACCAGCCCUGGGCUAUCGGACAUGACUUUCUUUGCACUCUGCUACUCCAACUCCAGUCCUAAUGGUGGCAAUCUUAGGGAGACCUUAUGAAGAAGUGUGAAUUGUUUAAAAAAAUGUGAAGUUUACUGAAGGUUACAUUAUUAUGCAUUAAAGAAUAUUGCCACUGUACUUAGUUUCUGCAGUGUAUAAACUAUUGUUAGACUCACAAAAUUAGAUAUUUUGGAGACUCUGCACAAGGUUUCCAUAGCACAUUAUAAGCAUAAUAAUUUGUUACAGUCGAACCCCGCUUUACAGACACCCGCUUAAUAUGGACACCUCAUCAUUACAGACAAUUUUAUCCCUGGGGAAAGAAAGCCUUUACAUUUUCUCUAAAUUCAACCCUUUUAAUGC